UAAACAAUGAAAUAAAUCAAAAUACUGCUGUCAAAAUUGAACAUGAAGUUUGUAGCCCCAGGGUAUAAUACUAAAGAGCUUGAACAGCCUGCGAAAAACAAAUGGAGGUGGCAAAGGCUGUCAAAAGUCGAUUCGAAGGGUGUGAAAUGGUCUGAUUGGUUUGAACAUGGAGACUCCAGAACAUAACGAUGACUGAAACACCCAUUAACAGAGGGGCUCCUGAUUUGGUGCUUUCUACUCGGCGAGAAAGCAUUCUUCGCACUUCAAGAUUUGGAACACCAUACAGGACCCCAAAUGUCAGGAGAUUUGGACCAACAGGAGCCACGUGGAGGACCUCAGCUGCACACAGUAAAACUACUCAGCUCUCUGCUCGACGAACAAGUACGCCUCUGAAUACCAGAACAAAGGGACAGCGAGAUUCAGCCUUAACCAGUACACCUUUAAAUCCUAGAGCAAAGCGUUCUGAAGAUGAAACCUUUUCGCAGAUCACAUCACGCACAGAGAUAGAGGAGAAUAAUAUUAAACAGUUGAUGGGCAAACUGUGGCAAGUGUUUCGACUUACACCCCUGUACAAUUUCAAGACAGCAGCAUCAGAUCUCUCUCACUUCUCAAGAACACUCUCUUCUCACAUAUCUGCUGAAACAAAGAAAGGUGUGUAUAUUGAUGUCAGUGAGCCGGGAGAUGCAAAAAUAGGGCUGUUUUCUGGACUCGAUACAGGAAUCGAUGACUCCAAAGCAUUAUUGAUACAAAUUAAAGGGAAGAAAAGAUACAAAACUGAAGAGAAGGUCCUGUGUGAAGCAGUUUUGUUCAGCACGGACCUGGAAUAUAACCCACUAAAGCAGGAGCAGCAGUCAGAGUUUACAUACUUCUCUACAGCCUUGAUACAUGGGCCUGUUGUGUUGUCAGAAACUUUGCAGAACUGGCUAGAGGUGCAGUUUGAUUGUAAAGUGAUGAAACAGAAGUUUUCUUCACAUGAGCUGGCUUUCAUGGCUGCCAUGUUCACAGGCUACGAAGAAACCCACAAGCCGUUGGACCUGGUGUAUGGUAUUCCUGCAGAGGUGAAGGGAAUCUCCCAGAUAGACUAUUCCACCCAGGCACAAGACUGCCUUAGGCUCUGGAAACAGAUAAGAAGUGAACAGGAAGAUGCCUUCACUGAUUUUGAAGCGAGUUUGUUUAUUGCUGGACUAGAGACACACUUUUACGAGAUCUUCAACAUUAAACUUGAGCGUCUGCCGUUAAAACACAUGACAUCAUCAGUUGUAUCAGUCAACACCGAGGGGAAACUUAAACUGUUCACAAAAUCUUCAGAGAAUGUGUUGAAAGUUCUGCGACAUCUUACAGACCUUGCACUGGACCAGUUGAAAAUAGCCUGAAUCCUCUUUGAAAGAUGUAUAUUAUAUGAUAACUGGCGUCACCAUCAUGAAAUUUAUAUUGACACUAUAUAUUUUUAAUAUAUAACUAGUGUAAUAACUGUUGAUGUGAACUCAUUAAUGAAAAGCAUUGAAGUUGUUCAAGCUUUUAUAGCGACGUUUUAUGUAUUCAGCACUGCAAAGCAUCAAAUUAGUAUUUAUGAUAUAAAUAGAAUAUCCCAUUCAUGGUCAUUCAUUACUUAAUUUAUUAAACUUGUUUAUUACAAUUGAUAUUCUCUUUUAGCAAUUUUAUUAAAUUCUGUAUAGAAUGUCCAUUUAUGUGAUAUCCUAUUUUUAAUACAUUGUGUGUAUAUUGUGGUUGUAAAUUGCAACUGGUACAGAACCCUGGGUGGCUGAUUCAAUUUUAAUUUGGUUCUGUAUCGGGCAACUUUUUGCUUCGAAUGAAGACUAUAAACAAAGAUAACUUCACUAUUUCUGCACCAUUUUAAAUGAAACAUAGUGCAGUCUAUGCCGCUAACGGAGACCCGCCUUUGGUCUUUACCAGAACUUGAUUGAGAGUUUAGUUUCUAAAAACACUUCGGCAAACCUUUUCACAAAACAGCCGUCUGACAGAGCAGUCAAACCACUAUUUUGUAACAGGUUUGUUGAAGUGCUUGAUGAAACUAAUCACCUUAUCAAACUCCGGUAAUUAAACAAAGGCAGGACUCUCCAAGUAGCAAAGACUGCCCUUUGUUUCAUUUUAAAUGGUUUCGUAAAAGAAAAGUUAAAUUGCCUUCCGACGUAGCAUAUAUGACGUAAUUUAUCACAUGGCAUACACACACUGUAUUAUGUUUAUACC